AUGAACCAGGAUGAGGGAGCUUAUAUGCUGUUGCACACCUGGAGUGCCAUCCUGGAGGAGCGACCUGACAGCAGGGGCUUUGAUCGACUUGUCAAAUCUGACAGGAAGAUCACGCCACUUAUUCUGACCGACAACUGGCUCCAGAGCAUCCGGGCAAGAACCACCUGCCUCAGCUGCAGCUUCUUCCUCCAGGCCAUCAGGACUCUGAACACUUCCCAAAUUGCUGCUGCAGCAUGCCAACGUGAACUCAGAUCUAAGCUGAAGAAGAAGUGUGAGUGUGUGUUUGAGGGGAUUGCUAAAGCAGGAAACCCAACACUUCUGAAUCAGAUCUACACAGAGCUGUACAUCACAGAGGGAGGGAGUGGAGAGCUCAAUGAGGAACAUGAGGUCAGAUGGAUUGAAACAGCAGCCAGGAAACCAGCCACACCAGAAACACCAAUCACAUGUGAGGACGUCUUUAAACCUUCACCUGGAAGAGAUGGACUAAUCAGAACAGUGAUGACAAAGGGAGUGGCUGGCAUUGGGAAAACAGUCUUAACACAGAAGUUCACUCUGGACUGGGCUGAACACAAAGCCAACCAGCAUGUCCACUUCACAUUUCCAUUGACUUUCAGAGAGCUGAAUCUGCUGAGAGGGAAAAGGUUGAGCUUGGUGGAACUUGUUCAUCACUUCUUCACUGAGACCAAAGAAGCAGGAAUCAGCAGGUUUGAGCAGUUCCAGGUUGUGUUGAUCUUUGACGGUCUGGAUGAGUGUCGACUUCCUCUGGACUUCAACAACAACCAGAUCCUGACUGAUGUUACAGAGUCCACCUCAGUGGACGUUCUGCUGACAAACCUCAUCAAGGGGAGCCUGCUUCCCUCUGCCUGCCUCUGGAUAACCACACGACCCGCAGCGGCCAAUCAGAUCCCUCCUGAGUGCGUUGGCAUGGUGACAGAGGUGAGAGGCUUCACUGACCCACAGAAGGAGGAAUACUUCAGUAAGAGAUUCAGAGAUGAGGAGCAGGCCAGCAGAAUCAUCUCCCACAUCAAGACGUCACGAAGCGUCCACAUCAUGUGCCACAUCCCAGUCUUCUGCUGGAUCACUGCUACAGUUCUGGAGGACGUGUUGAAAACCAGUGAGGGAGGAGACCUGCCCAAGACCCUGACUGAGAUGUACAUCCACUUCUUGCUGGUUCAGUCCAAAGUGCAGAACGUCAAGUAUCAUGGGAGAGCUGAGACAGAUCCACUCUGGACUCCAGAGACCAGGGAGAUGAUCCUGUCUCUGGGAAAACUGGCUUUUGAGCAGCUGGAGAAAGGCAACCUGAUCUUCUAUGAAGCAGACCUGGCAGAGUGUGGCAUUGAUAUCAGAGCAGCCUCAGUGUACUCAGGAGUGUUCACACAGAUCUUUAAAGAGGAGCGUGGGCUGUACCAGGACAAGGUUUUCUGCUUCGUCCAUCUGAGCCUUCAGGAGUUUCUGGCUGCUCUUUAUGUCUUUCUGACAUUCAUCAACUCUGGAGUCAAUCUGCUGUCAGAAGAACAAUCAGACUCCAGGUUGUCUGCACGAUUCAACAAGAAAUCUGAACUACACCUCCUCCAGAGUGCUGUGGCCAAAGCCUUACAGAGUCCAAAUGGACACCUGGACUUGUUCCUGCGCUUCCUCCUGGGUCUUUCACUGCAGACCAAUCAGACUCUCCUACGAGGCCUGAUGAGACAGACAGGAAGUAGCUCACAGACCAAUCAGGAAACGGUUGUGUUCAUCAAGGAGAAGAUCAGGGAGAAUCCCUCUCCAGAGAGAAGCAUCAACCUGUUCCACUGUCUGAAUGAGCUGAAUGACCAUUCUCUAGUGGAGGAGAUCCAACAGUACCUGAGAUCAGGACGUCUCUCCACAGACAAACUGUCCCCUGCUCAGUGGUCAGCUCUGGUCUUCAUCUUACUGUCAUCAGAAGAAGAUCUGGAGGUGUUUGACCUGAAGAAAUACUCUGCUUCAGAGGAGGCUCUUCUGAGGCUGCUGCCAGUGGUCAAAGCCUCCAGGAAAUCUGUGCUGAGUGGCUGUAAUCUGUCAGAAAGAAGCUGUGCAGCUCUGGCCUCAGUUCUCAGCUCCCAGUCCUCUAGUCUGAGAGAGCUGGACCUGAGUCACAACGAUCUGCAGGAUUCAGGAGUGAAGCUGCUCUCUGCUGGACUGGAGAGUCCACACUGCAGACUGGAGGCUCUCAGGCUGUCAGGCUGUCUGCUCACACAGGAAGGCUGUGCUUCUCUGGCCUCAGCUCUGAGCUCCAACCCCUCCCAUCUGAGAGAGCUGGACCUGAGCUACAAUCAUCCAGGAGACUCAGGAGUGAAGCUGCUCUCUGCUGGACUGGAGGAUCCAACCUGGAGACUGGAGGCUCUCAGGGUGGACCAUGGUGGAGAGCUAUGGUUGAAACCAGGUGUGAGGAACUAUUCCUGUGAACUCAAACUGGACACAAACACAGCAAACAGAAGACUCGUCCUGUCUGAGGACAACAGGAAGGUGACAUCAGUGGAAGAGGAGCAGCCAUAUCCUGAUCACCCAGAGAGGUUUGAGGACUGGCCACAGAUCCUUUGUAGAGAUGGUCUGACUGGUCGCUGCUACUGGGAGGUCGAGUGGGGAGGAGGGGUUAAUAUAGCAAUGACUUACAGAGGAAUCAGCAGAAAAAGAGACAGUUAUGACUGUGGGCUUGGAUAUAAUGAAAACUCCUGGAGUCUGUUCUGCUCUGAUCGAGGAUUCACUGCCUGGCACAAUAACAGAAAAACAGUAAUCCCUGCCCCCCCCUCCUCCUCUAACAGAGUGGCAGUGUAUCUGGACUGGCCUGCUGGCUCUCUGUCUUUCUACAGCGUCUCCUCUGACACACUGAUCCACCUCCACACCUUCAGCAGCACCUUCACUGAACCUUUGUACCCGGGGUUUUGGAUUGGAUUAGGGUAUUUAUUUGACUCUUCAGUGUCUCUGUGUGAGAUUUGA